GGUCCCAGUAACACACACACACACACACACACAUUUAAUUGUAUAAGAAGUACCAUAGUCUCAGGUCAGCCAAGAAGCAAACUACAUCGAACUUAAGGUUAAUAAAUGAACAAUGAUGUUUCCUGUUCUCACUUAAUAUGGAGUGAUUCACAUUGCAAAGCCUAACCGUGUUAUUGAUCGGCUUAACUCGAUGAUUUUCAACAUCUUUAUCAUUUCUUUCGUAUUAGAUUAAGAACAGUAUGAGAAAAAGUCGACCUAUCACCGCUAUCGCUGCUGUAGUACUCGGCAUUUUGCUUUUCCUAUAUUAUAGCCCUAUUUAUUCGAAAAAGCAUGACAUUGUAGAAGAUGACGCUAAUACACACGAUGUGAAGCUUAGUGAAGACAUGGCAAAUAUACGCAUUCGGAACCUUAUUGAAGGAGAAAUUGGAGAAUUUCAAUUGGACAAGUCACGAUACACAGUAACGUAUCCACCAGACAGUUCAUGUUAUCUUAGGGAUAAAUUACAAAAAUUUGGGUUGCCAAAUUUACAUUCAUUUUUUGCGGAUCCCAUAGGAAAAUAUGUUGCAUUCAAUGGUUUAAAGUUAUUACAAGAGAGAUGGCAUUUUCAAACAUUUAUUUGUGAAUUCCCCGAUGGAAAAAUUACUAAAAAUGAUCCUAUUUUAGCAGACACUCUGAGUUUCGGAUGGCUUCCUCAGUACAUAGUGAUAAUAACAUGCCCACUGCCGGAGAAAUAUCAAACAAGAUCGAGUUUCAAGAUUAAUCUUCGAGUAUUACCAGAGAACAUCUCAAGUAUUGAUUAUGUGGACGUUGGCGGCGUAAACAGUGUAGUGGAGACCAAAGCGUAUGAAAACCUAACAAUCUGUCAGUCAGGAGCAGCCAAAAAGCAUUUCCUUGCGAUGUGUACAAUGGUGAAAGAGGUGGACGAAUUUAUACCCCCAUGGUUAAUGUACCACAGGAAUAUGGGUGUGGAGCAUGUAUACAUUUAUGACAAUGCAGACAGUGGUGGACAAAGUUCGAUGAACGAAUCAUUGAGGGCGUUUAUAAAUUCUGGAUUUGUAACUAUUAUUCCCUGGGCACACACGACGUCACCAAAUAAGACAUAUCUUGAGAUACAGAUCGCUCAUGAGAACGACUGUUUAUGGCGGCAUCGACAUGACGCAUUAUGGAUGAUAAAAACAGACGUCGAUGAAUACAUUCAGCCAAUGGAUCCUUCAAGACCUAAAAUCGUUGACUAUCUGACGGAUCCAAAACUUUACUCCUUAGGUGGACUUAGAAUUCAAAAUUGGUUUUUCGGACGACCACCAAAGCUACUUAAUCCAGAAGGAAAUAUAAUUCAAAGGAAUGUUUGGCGAUCGAAAAAACCAAGCUUACAGAAUAUUGGGCAUGACAAAAACAUUUUGCGGCCAAUGAAUGUUCAUUAUUUUAAAAUACACGCCAUAAAAUUAGGAGGUGAAUUAAAAUCAUUAAAUCCAUUUAAAGAAAUGAGAUUGGUACAUUACCGUGGUGACAAUCCGCGGUCACGUCACUUCAAAUUACCUAAAUUUAUAGUCAAAGAUACAAGUAUGGUCCAACUGUGGUAUUCAGUGCUCCAAAACGAAUUCUCAGACAACCCCUAUCAGGGGCGGAUUUAGGGGGGCAGCCCCGCCCCCCCCCCUUUUGAGAGGUUAAAAAAAAAGAAAAAAAAGAGAGAAAAAGAAAAAAUGAUAGCCCAGAAUGCCUCAAAUGUUAUGUUCGGGCGUCUAGAACACAAACAUUUCCGCCCCCCCCCCCCUUUUGGACAUUUCUGGAUCCGGUCCUGCCUAUUAAGGGGGCACCUCUAUUAAAGGGACGGCAACACUUUUUGAUUGUGCAAAAUGGUCAAAUUAAUACAAUUGAAUUUGAUCAGGGGACAGUUUUUUUUAUUGUAUCAAAACAACUACAGUAGUCACAAAAGGAAAAAAUCAUUCAAACUUAUAUUUUUACACUUUUUGAGCAAUAAACUAAACAUCAAACCAGAUUUUUUUCCAUCCUUAGAAUUGACAUUGGAUACCUACGUGUUACUUCGUAUAAAUAAAAUCUUGUCAAUUUUGGCCAUUA